UCUUACUGACAUCCGUCUGAUCCUCAUCAACUAAAUUCACGGCUCCCUUUACCUUGACCUUCUGAUUCCGUCUACCUAGAUCACUUUCCUUUACCCUGCGCUUCUCAUAUAGAACUAGGAAGCUUCGUAAAAAUUCUUGGGAAAUUUGCAUCUAGCCGAAAUCAUCUACAAGAGUCAUCUGCCCGGAAGUCAUCCGAAAAGGAAGAUGGGUAUUUCUUCAUCCAUCUUUGCGGAAAAAGGAGUCAUCUAUCCCAGUCCCGGAAAUCAUCUUAGCCAAAAUACAGCGGAUUCAAACUGAGCUCGAGGAUGCUACUGGGAUGAUAAAGAUGAUAAAGAUAUUGAUACUAUUUUUGCAUUUGCAGACUCGCUCUUGAUACUAAGAAGGUAUCAUAUAACACCCUUCUUUUCAAAUUGAGAGAAAGGACUGAAUUAUAAUUUAUUUUUGUACUAAAUGGAAGGUAUUUACAUAUAUUUAUUCUUGAAUGUAUGUAGUGUACUUACAUCCCUCUUUACAGACAAUCCCAAAUAUUUUAGCCCUAAACAUUUAAGAGCCCGUUUGGUAGCACCAAAAUCGGCUGUUUUGGCUGAUUCUGCUGAAAUUUAUGAUAUUAUGGUUGGAGUGGCUGUUUUGGCUGAUUCUGCUGAUUUAAGAAAAAAUAUUUUAAAAAUAUAUUUUAUUAAUAAAUUAAAGAAAAAAUUAUAUGUAAAAAUAGCUAAAAUGGUCCUCUACAGUAACUUCAGCCAAUACAGCCAGAAAAGUAACUCCAACCUUACUUUUUCGGCUUAUUACACAAUUCAGCGCGCGAAAGUAAAAGUUACGUGUUUGGUGAAAAAGCUGGCUGAUAAGCCUGAUAAGCCAAAAACAGAGUUCUCCAAACGGGCUCUAAAUAUUCAUGAAUAAUAAGUGUUACAUAUGAUACAUGGCGUUAAAACUGCUGAUUCAUUUGAGCAGAUGUGAGUUUUUUUCAGUUUAGAUGAACUAUUAAUAAUGUCAAAAUAUUGUAUCUUUGUGUUUCUAUUUCAUACCAUUUUCGUUCUUCAAUGAUAAGUAUAGUAAAAUAGUUUGUUUUGAUUUUCCCAAAAUAUUAAUAAUCGCUCAAAAAUCUGAACUACACAUUGGAAAAUGAUACAAAAACAACAAUUUACAUUUCACUUUUUGCUUAAUGAAAGCAAAAAAAGAAUCUGCAUAGUAUUUUGGAGUAUAUGGAUAUGAAGGUUGAAAUAAAACAGAAAUAAAAUCUGCAUAGUAUCAAACAAUGUUCCAAACAUAGAUUAUCAGUUAAUAUAUUCUUCUCCCAGGAUUAUUAAUUGAAGUUUGUGAUUUAAUUGAAGUUUGUGAUCAGACAUAGCAUGCAUUGGAAACUCAUUGUAAUUCACUUUUUCAUAACUGAGAAGUACAAAUGUAAUAUCAGGGGUGGAGUAUUUUUAGUUUUAUUUAUUUGUUUUUCUAAGUGAUUUUGUUCAGGAACACAUAUAAUCUUAGCUCAUACAAUCAUACACACAUCAAACUUCUCAUUUAUUAAAGUAAAACUUUGAUUAAAAAAAAUUCUUAGACUGAUAUAACUAUUUUUAUUAAUUGAGUUUCCUAUUUUUAGCAGGAAUGUAUUAAGAUAGUUCCAAAAUUGAGUGAUAAUGUAUCUAUUAACAUUUGACAAAGAUCACUAAUUUAAGUAGGUUUAAACUUAGACCAAAGAGUCUUAAUGAAAUGUAAAAACUAAUUCAGUCAACAUGGUCCAUAAGUGCUCAUUAUUUAGAUUGUUAUUACUCCAUCUAUUUAAGACCUCUCACUUUGUUCAAAUAUCGCUUCCGGAAGUAUAUACAUAUAAUCACAUAUACCUGUCUUAAAUUAUUACUAUUGCAUAUCUUUUCCUAUAUAAUAUAAAUCAUACUUCCGCCGUUCUUAAAUAAGUGCAAUAGUCCACUUCUCACGUUUGUUGAUACACAACUUUAACUAUUGAUAUAUAUAAUUCUUAAUUAGUAAAAACUUAAAAAAUUAGAUUUUAAAACAUUUACAAUGAGACAAUUUAACGAUAUUCUUUUGAAAAUUAUUCAUUAAUACAUUAUUAAGUAAAACGUAGUCAAACUGGAACAUGUGAAUAGUGUAAAAUUUAAUAUGUUGCGCUUAUUUAAGAACAUAGGAAGUAUAUGAUUCUCACAAAUUUUGUUCCUUGAACAUGGGUAGAUUAGAAUUCAGUAAUCAUUAUUUCUCUAAUCCGUUGCUUAUUUUUUGAUGGGAUUGAUGUGUAUUCUUAGAAGUGGGAUCACAUUAAAAUACAUAUUUUUAAUAAGACAUUCUGUUUUUUAAAAUCAUUUUGAGAAUCUUGAAGCCCUCUAUUAGCUUUAAGAGUUUAAGGUUAAUAGUUUUGUUUGGUUUGAAGUGUUCUUUGUGAGAUAACAUUAACAUAUGGUUGACCUUUGUUGUUGGUUUGUUGUGGUCAUUUUGAUGUCCAAUUUAACAAUGCCAUGUUAAUUUUUUUCAGUUCUCACAUCCCUAUUAUGCUAUGUUAAGGGCACUCUUUCAAGUGUCUUUUAUUUGGUGUAAUCUUCACUAUGCAACCUUUAGAUUCUCAAAUCAGUUAAACUCUUAACUAUUGUUAUUGGGUGUAAAUUAAUUACUGAAUUAAACCUUCUGCUAUGAGAUGUUAUUCUACACGUUUAUUUAUGCAAAGAGCAUGGCUCCGAUGUGAUGAGCCUAAAAUUUCUUCGCCAUGUAGACUGUCAUUUUUCUUGGGUCAAUCCUGUAUUUGUUUUAUCCUUACAAAUUUGUUUAAUUCCUUUAAUAACGAAUUGUGGAAUUUUGAAUUAAUGUUGUGAAAAAUAUGACAUAAUAUGACUGAAAACAAACUAGAAGCUUUAAGAUAUAAUUUCUGUUUAAUUAGUUUCCCUCAUGUAAUUAGUACUCAUCUGGCAGGGCAAAUACCUUCUCCAAAGAUAAGGAUUAUGAGUCUCCACACUCAUCAUCAAAGUUGAAGAUGACAUUGAUAUCAAACCAUAUGUGGAGUUGAUGCCACACAAAGCUGAAAGCCCACGGGAGGAAACCCUUUGAAUAUUCUUCAUGCUGAUUCAGAAUUAGUAUUCCUGAAACAUUUUUUCUACUAUUCUUUUAUGUUGUGAGAUUACUUUUGUUUUUCUACCUUUCUUUCAAGAUUGAAUAAUUUAGUGUCAUUGAACUAUGUCAUUUUUCUUUUCAUUUGUUAUGCAAUUUUAUAUUGAAGUACUUCUUCCGUCCCUCUAUGAUUGUUUCAUUUUCUCUUUUCGGAAAAUCUCAUUAAGAUUGUG